UACUUAUUUUCUUAUUUUUCUUAUUCCUUUUCUAUCUUAUCUAGAUUUGGCCACUAUCUAACCUAAGGCUCUUAAUAUAAGUUAACUACCUAGGUACCUAUUUACCUGUUAAGUUUGUGGUAGUUGUUUCCUUAAGAUACAAAAAAAAAAAUCACUCGUGAAAGCUACCUACCUAGGUACAAUACAUAGGUAUAAUACAGGUACAAACCUAUUUAACAGUGGCACGCUCCUUAUUAGUACACCACCAUGCCGGGAAAGCAACCCAAUUUGUUCGCUUUUAGCGAUAUUGAAGCCCUCGCCCCCGCCCUGCGAUCCUACAUCAUCACAUGCCAAAACGCUGGCAUCACACGUCAUGGCGUUUUUAAGAUCGGCGUUUCUGGCGGUUCGCUACCCAACACCCUCGCCAAGGCUCUCCUUGCAAGCCCCAAAUCCAACGAAGAUGCGGUAAAAUUCGACAAGUGGGAAAUAUUCUUCGCCGACGAAAGAGCUGUACCUCUAGAUCACGAAGACAGCAAUUACAGAUUAGUCAAGACAGAAUUGCUGGACAAGAUCCCCUCCCAGCUAGGCCAACCGACUGUACACCCAAUUGACACACAAUACCUGAAUGACACGCAGGAGCUAGCCGAUCAGUAUGAAAAAGUACUUGUCAAUUCCUUCGCUAAGGGUGACUCUGUCAAGCUACCCAUCUUCGACCUGCUACUCCUUGGCUGCGGCCCAGAUGGACAUACCUGUAGUUUGUUUCCAGGCCACCCGCUUCUCCGUGAGACGGACGCCUGGGUAGCGCCCAUCGAAGACUCACCAAAGCCGCCGCCUCGACGAAUUACUCUAACGCUACCCGUCAUUACACACGCCGUCAAGGUCGCCUUUGUUGCCACGGGUGCUGGAAAAAGGGAGAUUAUGAAGGAGAUAUUCGAGCAAGGAAAUGGGCUGCCGUGCGCGCUUGUCAACGAAGCAACCGGCGAGCGAUGCAGCUGGUUCACCGAUAACGCUGCCGUAGAAGGCGUCACCUUCCCCCGACGUGGAUUCCUGUAGAGUUACGCGAAGCGAGAGUGAGGGGGAUGUAUUAUGGGCUAUGGCUACCUAACCCAAAGUAAGGCAGGACUAGACGAUGACAAGAGAGGGAAAAUCUUUUGGGG